AUGCCGAAAUUCUUUUGCGACUACUGCGAUGUGUACCUCACGCACGAUUCCAUGAGCGUCCGCAAGGCGCACAACAGCGGUCGUAACCAUCUACGAAACGUUGUUGACUACUACCAACAAAUCGGUCACGAGAAGGCGCAAUCCGUCAUCGACUCCAUCACCUCCUCGUACGCCGCCGAAGGCCAAGCCCACGCCAACCCCAUGCUCCCUCAGAACCAACCCGGCGGAAUUCCUCCUGGUCUCGGUGUCUUCCCGCCUCCGGGCGCCGGCGUUUCCCCCUUCCCGCCUUUCCCUGGCGGCAUGCCACCUCCGUUCCCAGGCAUGGGUGGCGCACCGGUGCCCCCUCCCGGAGCCUUUGGUGCUCCAGGCGCACCCGGCGGUAUCCCUCCCCCGGGAGCGCCAGGAGCUCGCGGAAUGCCUCCAAUGCCCCAUUUCCCUGGUAUGCCUGGUGCUCCUGCUGGUAUGCCUGGCGUUCCACCUCCAAUGCCCGGUCCCGGUGGUCUGCCAUUCCCGCCCCCUGGAGGUCUGCCCUUCCCCCCGCCUGGAGCAGGAAACUUCCCCUUUCCCCCUCCCGGUGCGCCAGGUGGGUUCCCCGGUAUGCCCCCUUUCGGCGCCCCUGGUCAAGGGCCUCCGGGUGCCGACAAGAGGUGA